AGUUGGAUGACUCGUUCAAAAAGCUCAAGCGAGUCCGAACAGGAUAAGGUACUCUCUCCAAGUCCAAAUGAACAUGGGUCGAGGAAUGCGGGAGAAGAAGAAGUAGCUACGCCUCCUGAAGUGCAGCAAUCCGAGGCAACAAAAUCUCGUUCGAGAAGUCGUAGCAAAUCUGCAGACGAUGUUCGUUCACCGCCGAGUUCGGGUGAUGAAGAUGAGGGAGCUAAAAAGAAGGAUGAUGACCGGUCUAAAGAAUCGAAAUCUGAGAAACGUCGAGCCAGGUCUCGAAGCCGCUCCAAGUCGCGAAGUCGAAGCCAUGAUAGAAGAAGAAGAGAAAGAAGCUCUGAUGGCAGAAGAGAAAGAAGCCGUGAGGGUAGAAGAGACAGGAGUCGCGAAGACCGCCAAAGGCGCAGAGAUGACAGAAGAGAUCGAGAUCGCCGAGACAGAAAGCGCUCGAGAACAAGAAGCCGAAGCAAUGAAAGGAGAGGAGACCGAUCCCCAGCAACCCGGCGACGUCGAGAAAGAUCUCCUGAAAAGAGAGAUGAGCAAAAGAAGGCUGAAGAGAAGAAGGAGGAAGAGAAGAAGGAGAAGAAAGAGCCUAUGGAUCUGCUGAGAACAAGAACUGGAGGUGCCUACAUUCCUCCAGCUAAACUUCGCAUGAUGCAGGAUCAGAUACAAGAUAAGCAAGGCGAACAGUACCAGAGAAUGAACUGGGAACGCCUGAAGAAGAAAAUUCACGGUUUAGUCAACAAAGUAAACACAGGAAACUUAGUCCAGAUUGUGCGGUCGCUUUUACAGGAGAACGUUAUCCGUGGAAAGGGCUUAUUGGUACGAUCCAUAAUGCAAGCUCAAGCAUUUUCGCCGGUGUUCUCCCAUGUAUACGCUGCAUUUGUGGCUGUAAUCAACUCGAAAUUUCCACACAUCGGUGAACUGCUGCUGAGAAGACUGAUUGUGCAGUUCAAGCGAUCUUUCAGACGAAAUGACAAAGGGACUACCGUUACGGUGUCAAAGUUCAUCGCUCAUCUUAUCAAUCAGAAAGUGGCGCAUGAAGUGCUAGCUCUAGAGAUCAUGAUCUUGAUGCUGGAAACUCCCACUGACGACUCGGUGGAGGUGUCCAUCGCUUUUCUUAAAGAAUGUGGUGCGAAGCUGGCCGAAGUCUCCCCGCGUGCUUUGGACACCAUAUUUACACGUCUUCGUGGUAUUCUUCAAGAUGGUGAUGCUACAAACCUUGACAAACGUGUGCAAUAUAUGAUCGAAGUCGUGAUGGCUAUCCGCAAAGAUAAAUUCAAGGCCUACCCAGCGGUUCUUGAAGAGUUGGAUCUUAUUGAUGAGGAUGAUCAGAUUACUCAUACGCUUUCCUUAGAGGAUGCAAUAAACCCGGAGAAUGAACUGAAUGUGUUCAAAAUGGACCCUGAAUUCGAGAAGAAUGAAAAGCAGUACGAAGAAAUCCGUGCGGAAAUCAUUGGCGACGCUGACGAUAGCGACGAAGAAGGUAGCGACGACGAGGAAGGAAGUGGUGGUGAAGUCGAUGAAGAAGGAGCGGCAGCGCCGUCGGGUACUACGGAGAUUAUUGAUAACACGGAACAGAAUCUGGUUGCGUUCCGACGUGAAGUCUACCUUACUAUACAGUCAUCGCUUGAUUUCCAAGAAGCUGCACAUAAACUACUGAAAAUGAAAGUACCAACGGAGAUGGAGACGGAAUUGUGCAACAUGCUGGUGGAUUGUUGCUGUCAACAACGAACAUACGAACGCUUUUACGGUUUGCUCUGUGAACGGUUCUGUCGUUUACGAAAGGAGUAUCAGGAGACGUUCGAAAAAAUUGCAUGCGAUACAUAUGCGACAAUCCAUAGAUUCGAUAUCACUAAACUGAGAAACAUGGCUCGAUUGAUCUCGCAUUUGCUCUUCACUGACGCUAUUUCGUGGACGAUUUUCACGGACGUUAAGUUGACAGAAAAUGACACUACUUCGUCCGGGCGCAUCUAUCUCAAGUACAUUUUCCAAGAGCUCUGCGAGUCUAUGGGUCUAGCAAAACUCUAUGAAAGAAUAAGCGACCCAACUCUACAAACGGCAUUCGCUGGCUUGUUCCCUCGUGAUAAUCCACAAAACACAAGAUUUGCCAUCAAUUUCUUCACUCUUACUGGUCUUGGUGGAUUGACACUUGACCUAAGAAAGUUCCUCGAGAAGGGUAUGAAAAAGAAAAAAGAGAAUUCACUGGAUGAAUCACCUACGUCAUCCUCGUCAUCAUCCGAAUCUUCUUCUGACUCUAGCGACAGUGAUGAUGACGAUGAUAGCGAUAGCGAUGAUUCGGACUCAUCAUCAUCAUCGUCAUCAUCAUCCUCAUCAGCUGAUUCGACAGAUGCUAAGAAACGCGCUGCAUUGAAGAAGAAGCUGAAGCGAGCACGCUUAGAUAAAGAAAAUAAGAAGAAAGACAAGGCUGAUAAACGGAUAAAGGAAGAGCCACCAUCACCUGAUUCUCCACCGAAACGUGAAAGACAAGAAAAGAUGGAAAGUCCCCAAGUCGACGUCAUAGAUCAAGAUCUUCGUCUAGAACAAGGAAAGAGCGGAAAUCGCCUAGUAGGAGAGAUCGUUCCCGAAAUGAAAAUAAGUCGCCGUCACGAACAGACGGUGAGAAGUCGCGCAAGGAUCGUGACAGAGACUCGCGACGGCGAAGUCGUAGUACUUCAAGGGAUAGGAAGACCAAAGACAAAGGUGACAGGCGGGCACGUUCACCAGAAGCACGACUACAUGAGAUUCGAGUAG